UUAUUCAGCUGACAUUAUUCACACGUUUUGCUUACAUUUUCAUUUCCAACAAAUAUAUAUUUAUAUAUAUAAAACGCUAACGUCUGACACAACCGUUGCGCAACUGCCACAGGAGAUUUUUCGCAAUCAACACAAUUUUCGCUCUUCCACAGAACACUUUGUUGAUAUUGAAGAAUGGCAUUUGUAGCGCGUCGCAAUACUGAGGGCAAAUUGGUGGAUUGUCAGGUGAUUUCUGGGCAUGGGAAUAGCUCAAUGGCCAUGUCCGAUUUGAGUGAUGAAGAGACCGAUUCAGGCACAUUGCAAGGCUAUAGUAAUCGCUCCUAUGUCUCGCCCACUGUGCGCUAUGUUUCGUCGAAGGAUGACGACGAUGACCUUGACAGCUGCUUCACUUUUGAUGGCAUAAAUGGCCGUGGUGCCAACAGCGUGGAAGCCGAUCUUGACUCUAUAGUAACUUUUAACGAUCAGUAUGAAAGCCCCCCCGUCAAGGCCAAUCCCACUGGCUCUGAGACUGAUACUGGCACAGAGAGUGAUUAUAACGCUGCCAGUGAUGAGGAGGCAAUGACGGUCAAAUGCAAGACAUCAUCGGGCGUCAGCAAGCCGACUGCUGAUACCAUGACCCGUAAUGCUAUGGAAUCGAGCAAGGAUGAUCUCGAUUCUAUUGAUGGCGAGACUGUUUGCUGUGCAACUGAUUUUGAUAAAGAUCGUUCGGAUGCGCUAAGUUUGGAGUCCUUCGAUAUCCCAAUGGGACAGCCGGAGGAUGAUGCUCGUAGUGUUUGUUCAUAUGAGAGCAGCAUGGUUGGUUGCAGAACAGUCUGUCCACAGGUUGCCCUGGCAGAGGAUUCAUUUAGCCUGGGCUCUAUUGACAGCAGCUCAGUUUCUAACCUUACGAAUACCGACAACGCGCCGGAUGAUGCUGAUAAUCAGAGUCAGGUGACUAAUCGCACAUUCAAUUUGAAACCUUCCGCCGUGCGUCGCGAUGAUUGCUCGUCGGCAUCCACUUGCAGCUGGACCGAUAUGUAUGGAGGGGCGCUGAAGCCCUCGGAGAGUCGCAGCAACAUAGUACCAUCACUUAGUCUUAACUUAUCGGCCAAUUCGUCUUCCGGUUCGUCCACAUACUUUCGCAAUCUGGACGAGGAAAAGGAGCGUCAUGGCCAAGAGGCCUAUCAGGAGUGGGUGAAGCGCAAGGAACGUCAAAAGCAACAGAAGCAACAGGCGGCCAAACAGGAGCGCGAGAAGCGCGAUGCUGAGACUGCAAUGCGUCAGCGUCUGGCCAAGGAGAGGUAUCAGGAAUGGGUACGACAGAAGGAAUUACAGCAGAAGAAGCAGACUACUGGCAGCAUUAAGAGCACCGUCAGCUACGGAAGCUAUUCGAGCACCUCGAGCUGCACUGGUUUGACGUCCAGCAGCGCCAGCAAGCCGCAGCGCAAAGAGACACCAGAGGCAACCAAGAAGCGUUUGGCGGAGUGGGAUCGCGUCAAGACCCAGCAGCAGCAGCGUGAGCGAGAGCGCGAACGUCAGAAGCAGCAGAGCAAGGACCAGUUGGAGAUGCAGCGUAAGCAGAAAUCUGAAGGCGCCUGGCAGAAUUGGAUGAAGUCGGUGGGCAAGCGACCCAAGCCGGUGCCACUCAAUCAGGGCUUCGAAACACUGCGCGGCACCAUAUCAAAUAUAUAUGUGAAUCCCGUGCAGUGGGUCUCCAAUAUCGAUCCCAAUGACUCACGUGGCAAUUGAGCAUGGUGCUCAUUUCGCGAACCCUAGUCGUUUUCAUCGGCAUUUCAAGAAAUCCCCAAAAAAAAAGUAUAAAAACUGAUCGCUGAUCGCAUGUUGAAUAGGUCCAAUUAUCUGCCAAGCGAAACAACAAACACAUGCAUUUGCUCUUUCUUUGGUGAUGUUGGACCCAGCGCAGAGAGAAAAACAAAAAAAAAAUUGAAAAUAUGCGUCUAUAUAUAUGUCUAUAUAUAUUUGUUUACUGCUAUAUUGGAUGGCUUACUGCAAUUUGAGCGCCGAUGUUUCAAUAAACAGUCAAUUGCAAACACAA